UGAACACCGGCCCUCAGUAGGCCGCGAAACUUGCUGGCAGUGCUGUUCCAGGAGCACAUCGAGCCAAAAAUACCCCAAAGGGCUUUCGUCAACCCAGCAUUGUUGACUUCGCCGGACCGCCGUGGCAUUCCACAGCAAGAAGUCAGCUCAACAUCCAAUCUGAACACUUCGACUUUAGUCUCCUCAGCCUGAUCUCCAUCUGGCCCAAACAUUCGGCGAGGGCACGCGCAUCACAGAUCUACAAGUAGCGGUGUCUCAAGCUUCUCGAGCUUCACGUACUUCUUACACUGCUCAUGGAGCUCGUGGCAGAUAUGCACUCGGACUUUCGCUUACCCGAAGGACCUACACCGGCGGACACUCACGUGCCACAUCAUGAACCAACAUUUCCGUUCCUCUGCCCUGUUGACAGAUGGUCCCACGGCAUCAAAGGCUUUGCUCGAGGAGAUGCUUUGAUUCGCCAUGCGCGAGCUGUCCACGGCAUACAAAGCGCCCCGAACUACAAGAAAUACCUCAGAUAGUGGGCUGCGAUAAUUAUGAAUUCAACGAGAUAUGAUACGCGCUGCUUUCGGCCCACUCAGGUGAGAGAUAUUCUCGGUAAUGUCAAAUUGCGCACCAUUGGUUCCAGAGCAAAUGCAAAGCACACGUGGAUUUUUUUACAAGAGAAUCGUCAAAGCUAGAAACCAAGCUGGAAAACAAUGAUCCUUUCACCAUCAGA